AUGCACCGGGUGGCCAUGGCGGAGGGCGGCGGCGCCGGCGGGGGGAGGACGCUGGGGGCCGUCAUCCGGGAGAAGGACGAGGAGCUGGCGUUCUUCCUCGAGAUGCGCCGCCGCGACAAGGAGCGGGCCGGCGCCGCCGCUGACAUGCUGCUCGCCGCCGACGGCGAGGACGCGGACGCGGACGGGCUGCUGCUGCUCGACCCCUCCCCGCCGCCGCCUCCGCCGCAGCCACCAGCCGGUAAGGACGACGAGCCCCGACGCACGCUCCCUGUCCGGACCCGUCCGGACCCCUGUCGGGGAUUUUGCUGCCGUUUUCUCCCCCCUUUGGCGAAAACCCUAGCUUAUCCAUUUUGGUCCGGGUUUAUGGGCGCAGAGCCCAGGGCGGCGCCGGCGCCGGCGUACAGGAUGGCCGGCGGGUUCAGGCGGGCGCCCGGCGGGGCCGACGACUUCCUCCACUCCGACGCCGGGGACAAGAGCGACUACGACUGGCUUCUCACUCCACCUGGAACUCCACUCUUCCCAUCUCAUGAAGCUGCGCCAAAAAGGUCUCCGGUGAGCCAAACAGGAUCACCAAAGACUCGCCAGAACUCCUUGAAAUCAAGGUUGGCCAAUCAUCCAGAUCCUCCAUCAAGAACCACACAUCCAUUGAGAACAACAUCAUCAAACAGCUUAAACUCAGCUGCGACAACUCGUCGGCCGACAUCAUCUGGAGGGCUUACGUCUAAUUCUUCAAGACCUUCAACACCAACUGGACGUGCUGCAUCGACCGCCACAUCCAAAGGUUCAAGACCUUCAUCUCCCAAUGCUCGGGCAACUCUGCCUGCCAAGACUGCACCUACUGCCCCAAGAUCGUCGACGCCCACUUCCAGGUCAACACUCCCUUCAACAAGGUCAGCACUGCCUUCAUCAAGGUCAACAACUCCAUCAAGGACAUCUGGCCCUGCUACUGCUACCAGGACAUCUGGCCCUGCUGCUGCUACCAGGACAUCUGGCCCUGCUGCUGCUACCAGGACAUCUGGCCCUGCUACUGCUACCAGGACAUCAGUUCCUUCAGGCAGAGCAUCAGCACCUGCUAGCAGAUCAUCAACGCCUACUUCAAGAUCAUCAAUGCCUGCUACUAGGUCAACUACACCUUUGUCAAGGCCCUCCUUACCAGCACAAAGCAAGCCUGCAUCAAGGUCAUCAACCCCAACAAGGCGGUCUUCUGCCCCUCCUACCCACGCCCAGCACAGUAACUUGCCCGGACCAGUUCGAUCCUCCUCAAUCUCUAGACCAGGACCUACAAUGCCCAAAAGUUCUGCAUUGCCAGCAACAACAACAGCGCCAGCACCUUCAAGGGGCAGCUCACCUACUGUCAAAUCAAGACCAUGGAAACCAUCUGAAAUGCCUGGCUUCUCACUUGAUGCACCUCCAAAUUUGAGGACGUCGCUACCGGAAAGACCAACCUCUGCUACUCGGGGUAGGCCUGGCGCACCUAGUUCUAGAUCUUCCUCUGUGGAGCCUGGGCCAGCUGCUCGACCGAAACGCCAGUCUUGCUCUCCUUCAAGAGGGAGGACAUCAAAUGGCAGUGUGCCUUCAGGGAGUUCCAUGCCGGCAGUGAGAAGAUCACAUCUUAACGGAGGUGACAGCGUGAACCCAGUUCAGAUGGGCAAUAAGAUGGUUGAGAGGGUAGUGAACAUGAGAAGACUAGCUCCUCCAAAACAUGAUGAUCAAAGAUCCAGUCUCAAUAGUUUGUCUGGAAAAUCAUUAAAUUCUCCAGAUAGCUCUGGCUUCGGUCGGUCACUGUCAAAGAAGUCACUGGACAUGGCACUUCGGCACAUGGACAUACGGCGCAGCAUUCCAAACAAUCUACGGCCUCUUAUGACGAGCAUUCCAGCAUCAUCUGUGCAUAGCGGCCGGUCUGGAUCCACAAGGGGCAGACCGAUAAGUGUAUCAGACUCCCCUCUUGCAACUAGCAGCAACGCCAGCUCGGAGCCGAGCGUCAACAACAACCUGAUGUGCUUUGACAGCAUCGACAUUGACGAUGAGCUGUGCAGCGAUAGAGCAGGACAUUAUGCACGAUGA